AUGGCGAACAAUUUGGGCACAACCACAGUUGCCUAUACUCUAACUGAAAGCCAGUCAAACAACAGUGAUCCCAAGAUUCCAAUAAAAACAAGUGCUGAUAGAGUGGUGACUCCAAAAGAAGAAGCUGAAUGGAAUGAUGACGACAAGAAGAAAAUGGAGCUGAAUGCUAAAGCCAUCAACCUUCUUCACUGUGCUAUCAGCUUUGAAGAGUACCAAAAGGUUUCUAGAUGCAAGACAACCAAAGAAAUAUGGGAGAAACUCCAGGAUGGAGAAAGCAUUAAUGAAGUGUUUGAGAGAUUCUCAAUCAUAAUCAACAACUUUGACGCUAUGGGAACAACUUACUCAGAACAAACCCUAGUAAGAAAACUCCUUAGAAGCCUCACAAAGGAAUGGGAAACUACUGCCACUGUCCUAGCUGAGAGCAAUAACCUAAGUCCUAUAACCUAUGAUGAGCUGAGAGGAAAACUCUUGCCUAUGAAGCCACACACAAAAACCCGGACUCAAAGAAAAAGGGAAUAG